CAAAGGAGAACGGGGAGCCCUGGGGGCCCAGGCUAGGCAUCAAAAAGGCUGUGCAGAGCGAGCAGACCACACAGUGCCUGCCUCUGCGCCCCGCAGCCAGCCAGCCAGCCCUCACCCACUGCCUCCUCUGCCUCCCACUUGCCCUCGGCCGGGCAAGCACACACCAGCUGCUGCCAGAGGCCCUGUUCUCCAGCGUGAUUGCUCCCACACUGCUCUGUGGCUUUCUCUACCUGGCGUGGGUCGCGGCUGACGUUCUAGAAGCAAGCAGAGGGAUGGCCGCCAGUGGAGCCAGAAACCAAGUGGGGCGCCGGGGACGCACCUUUGUCCCAGAGCCUUUCGACGGAGCCAAUGCGGCCCCCAGCCUCUGGCUGCACCGCUUGGAGGUCAUCAGCAACCUCAACGGCUGGGACCAGGCCACCAAGCUCAGGUCUCUGAAGGAAUCCCUCAGGGGAGCUGCCCGGGGAGUCUACAGUGGACUUGACCCUCAGGCCCAAGGAGAUUACCGGGUUGUGAGAGAGACCCUUCUGCAGGCCUUCGGGGGCCCAGGGACCACCCGCAGCUCCCAGCCCAAGGAGAUCCUGUUCGCUAACAGCAUGGGUAAGGGCUACUACCUCAAGGGCAAGAUUGGCAAGGUGCCUGUGAGGUUCCUGGUGGAUUCCGGGGCUCAAGUAUCUGUGGUACACCCCAGCCUCUGGGAGGAAGUCACUGACGGUGACCUGGACACUCUGAGGCCCUUCGAGAAUGUGGUGAAGGUGGCCAAUGGGGCUGAGAUGAAGAUCCUGGGCGUGUGGGACACGGUGGUGUCCCUGGGCAAGCUGAAGCUAAAGGCUGAGUUCCUGGUGGCCAAUGCCAGCGCUGAGGAAGCCAUCAUUGGCACCGAUGUACUGCAGGACCACAACGCCGUCCUGGACUUCGAGCAUCGCACCUGUACCCUGAAGGGCAAAAAGUUCCGCCUGCUUCCUGUUGGGGGCUCUCUGGAGGAUGAGUUCGACCUGGAGCUCAUCGAGGAGGAGUCCUCAGCAGAGCAGGAGCUGUCCUACUGAGAACCUUCGUCCCCAGCCCUGUCUCCACCGCAGCACCACCUGGGAGACCUGCCAUGCUGUGUGGCAGGGUGGAGUGUGGGGGGAGCCCCGUCCUUAGCGGUAUCCCUGC